GCAAGGAGCGUCCUGGCUUGGGGCAGCCUCGGGGGCUGUGAAGAGCAGAGAAGGACCCUGGACAUCGGGCAGAGAGGAAGGACUGGCGCCUGGGACAGGAGGGACGCCCUGGGUUGGGUUCGAGGGGGCUCGGGCAGGUCCAGACCUGUCCCACCAGGGUGUUCCCGGAGCUGUGAGGCAAGAGGAGGGCUGGCAGGUGAGAGUGGGCAGCCAUGGCUGAGUGCACGGAGCUGGAGUGGGCGGUGCAGGUGCUGGUGACCAACUUCGACAAGUACUCGAGCCGCCGCUGCUGCUGCAGGAGGCAGCCUCGGCGCAUCAGCAAGAAGGACUUCCGCAAGAUGCUCAGCUGCGAGCUCAACCACAUGCUGACGGACACCGGGAACCGCCGCGCAGCCGAUAAGCUGAUCUGUGACCUGGACGAGAACAAGGACGGGCGCAUCAGCUUCGAGGAGUACUGGACCCUGAUCGGGGGCAUCGCCAGCCCCAUCGCACAGAUCAUCCGCCAGCAAGAGCAGAGCAUCAAGCACACCAAGUAGCCGGCUCCAGCCCGCCCCCGGCUCAGCGCUGCCGCCCUGGAUUCAGCCCCUGCUUCUCCGCAGCUCUCCCUGCUUCUCACCCCUCACGCUCCGAGCCUCGGCUCGUCCCGGGGUGCUCCCGCAGCUCCGCUGACUGAGUUGUGCUGGGCUGCGAUCGAUCGGGGCGGGAGGUGGGAGAUUGGAGGCCACCAUGGUCGCCAGGUGCUUCUCUUUGCCCCACGCCAUGCCACCCCUGCCCUCAGCUGCUUCUCCAAGCCCUGUCCUUGCCAGGCUGCCAGGUAAGAAGCAGAGGAGGAGGCUGCCCCUCGUCCAGGACACGAAUUCUGUCUGUUCUCAGACCUCGAGGCCACAGCCCUGCUGGCAGAAACCCAUCACAACCAGGACGUCCUCUACCCUUGGAGCCCCCCCUCAAAGCUGAGGGUCUUCCUGGGAAAAGGGUGCCCUUGCCCCUGCCCAAGCUGGUGAAGGGUUUACCCCGCCUGGCGCCGUCGGGCAGCACCGUCCGCGGUUAUUUAUUGCAGCAAUAAAGUGUGGAGGAGCAGUG